UUUGGGGCGCUAAAUAUAGGCAAUUGUGUCACACUUUUGAUUCGAAAAUCUCGAUAAUUUUCGGGCUCUAAUUGCAAAUAGAAGUAAGCAAUAAUUAUUAUUCCCCCACUUGUCGAUGAGAGCAAAAAUCCCACUUCUAUCUUGAAUCAAAUUCAGUUCAAGUUUUAAGCUCAUCGAAUCAAAACUGGUACCAGGGUUCACGUCAAGAAAUGGGAAACUUCCACGAAACCCUCGGAAUCAAUGAAUUGAAAAACAAAAAUGCAAUAUGGAAAGCACUUUUAGCUGAAUUUCUGGCUAAUGUCCUUCUCAAUUUCUUCGGUUGUGCUUCCUGUACCCACAUUUCAGGGAAACCCCCGAGUUUAGUAUUGAUUGCGCUCACUUUCGGACUCGUCAUCUUUAUUCUAGCCCAAACUAUUGAGCAUGUGAGUGGUGGGCACAUAAACCCAGCUGUCACAGCUGGAAUGAUGGCCACCGGCAAUAUUGGAAUAGUGAAAGGAAUUCUUUACAUUAUUGUGCAAUGUCUGGGGGCUUUAGCCGGAUCAGCGGUCUUAAAAGCCCUUACCCCCGAAGAUUUGCACAAAUCGGGGCUUGGUAACACACAAUUAGCCCCCGGUUUUAGCCCAAUUCAAGGCUUUGGGGUUGAAUUUUUUCUCGGAUUUGUUCUAAUUCUUGUUAUUUGUGGCGUCUGCGAUCCUAAUAAACCUCAAGCCAAACCUGCAGCAACUCUAGCUAUUGGAAUGGCUGUGGCAGUGGGUCAUUUAGCCACUGUUGACUUCACUGGUUCUAGUAUGAACCCAGCAAGGAGUUUCGGGUCGGCUUUAAUCGCCAAUAAUUGGACUGAUCAUUGGGUUUAUUGGGCUGGGCCUAUUUUGGGUGGAGUUGCUGCAGCUCUGCUUUAUAAACAUGCCUUGGCUGCACCGAAUCUUGGACCAAUGAGGAUUGUAGAACGAUAUACGAUUGCAGAUGAGAAAGAAUUGAAGAGGUUGGAUGUCAACAGAGAUGAACCGUAAAAUACGCUAUUUAGACUAGAAUUUUAUUAUUUAUGAGAGAAACAUUCUUCAGACUAGACUGAGAAAUAAAUAGCAAGAAACAAUUAAUCAGAGUCGACAUGAAAGCGCAACUAACAUUUGUCAUUAUUUAUGUAAUCAUGAUUAAUUUAAUAAAAAUUACUGAUAUUUU